CCCCUCACUUCUAGAUAGGAUUCGGCCAUUUCAACCCCACCAACAGAGUAGCUGGACGGCGGCUGAUAGCAACUGAAGAUGAGUGAACAAGCUAUUUCCUUUGCCAAGGACUUCUUGGCCGGUGGCAUCGCCGCUGCCAUCUCUAAAACAGCUGUAGCUCCCAUCGAGAGAGUGAAGCUUCUGCUCCAGGUGCAACAUGCCAGCAAACAGAUCGCGGUCGACAAGCAGUACAAGGGCAUCAUCGACUGUGUCGUUCGUAUCCCCAAAGAGCAGGGCUUCCUCUCUUUCUGGAGGGGAAAUCUGGCCAAUGUCAUCCGAUACUUCCCCACUCAGGCCCUAAACUUUGCUUUCAAGGACAAGUACAAGAAGAUUUUCCUCGACGGCGUGGACAAGCGGAAACAGUUCUGGAGAUACUUUGCGGGUAACCUGGCAUCUGGCGGCGCCGCCGGAGCUACCUCCCUCUGUUUCGUCUACCCACUCGACUUCGCCAGAACGCGUCUCGCCGCCGAUGUCGGCAAAGGGGGCCACGAGCGUGAGUUCAAAGGUCUGGGAGACUGCUUGGUGAAGAUCUUCAGGUCCGAUGGCCUUAGGGGUCUGUACCAGGGCUUCAACGUUUCAGUACAGGGCAUUAUCAUCUAUAGAGCUGCUUACUUUGGCAUCUAUGACACAGCAAAGGGCAUGCUUCCUGACCCUAAGAAUACGCACAUUAUAGUGAGCUGGAUGAUUGCUCAGAGUGUGACUGCCGUAGCUGGUCUUACGUCCUACCCCUUCGAUACUGUCCGUCGUCGUAUGAUGAUGCAGUCUGGACGCAAAGGAGCUGACAUCAUGUACACGGGCACCAUUGAUUGCUGGAAGAAGAUUGCACGCGAUGAGGGCAGCAAGGCCUUCUUCAAGGGAGCCUGGUCUAACGUGCUGAGAGGCAUGGGUGGCGCCUUUGUGCUCGUCUUGUAUGACGAGCUUAAGAAAGUCAUCUAAGAUGUUUUUGUAUGUUCACUGCUCAUGUUGUGAAGUUUAACUGUAACAUAUCUUGUACAUUUGGAAGGACUUAAAUGCCGAGCUAUAUUUAUAGGGACCAACUAGUAUUUUCUACUAGUUGUACUGGGGGAAUAUGUUAUGCACUCUUCUCUUGGCCCAUUCAUUUUCUUUUUUUGUUUCGCCCCUUACCAGAAUGUCAUUCCCUGAACACAGGAACCUUGCCAGUAAGCGAGAAAUAAAGGCAACCUACAGAGUGA